UUAAAUAGACGUGAUAUAUAAGGCUAAAAUUGUUAAAUGUUUGCUUACAAAAUAGCUUAAAUUAAAGGUUGAAAAAGAAAUUAAAAACAUCAAGGAAUCAAAAAUGAAGGUUACUGGAUGUUUCUGUUUUGAUCUUGAAACUGGUGGAAAAAUCCUAGGAUGGCUUGGUAUUAUUGGAGGUGUUAUUCUUCUAAUUGGUUCUUUCAAUAUAGAAAUUGAAACACAAAAUUGCUCAAUCAGUGAUGAGCAAUCAUCAGACUUCAAAGUAUCAUGUAUCGAGCCUAACAUUAAGAUAAAUCCGGAUGUAAAGCCAAUUGGAAUUGUUCUACUCAUAGGGGGCCUUAUUCUUUAUUCUUUGCUUCUUGUUGGAAUCAAUAACCGCAAUCAUAAUCUACUUCUUCCUGUCAUCUUCGCAUACAUCGCUGGAAUUGUCAUCGAUGUAAUCCUACUUAUAACCAUUAUUUUUGUAGUGGGUUCGUUUGAUUCUUUAAUUGGUUAUUUCCUUGUUCCUUUAUUUUUCGUCAUUUUAAUUCACUCUUGUCUUUCAAUUUAUUUUGCAAGAGUCCUUUAUUCAUUGUACGAAAAAAUAAAAUCUGAAAGAGAGCUUCCUAGCUACUAUGCAUAA